UACCAAAUUGCUCAUCUGGGUGAUAAUGACGACGAGCCUGAGUUCUCUUCAGCCAUGCCCCUGGAAGAAGGUGAUACUUUUUAUUUCUCACCUCGUCCAUUGAAGAACCUGAUUGAAGUUGACACCAUUGAGAGCCUUUCCCCCAUCACCGGUCUUCAUAUUGCUGAUCUGGCCAAUGAAGACACUCCUCAAAUGGCUGUACUUUGUGGUCGGGGUCCGAGGUCCACAUUCCGACUUCUUCGACAUGGCUUAGAGGUUACUGAAAUGGCCAAGUCUGACUUGCCCGGCAGCCCAAACGCAGUAUGGACAGUAAAACGGAAUUCCGAAGAGGAGUACGACUCCUUCAUUAUCGUCUCUUUCGUCAACGCAACUCUUGUGCUCUCCAUCGGCGAGACCGUGGAGGAAGUGACUGAUUCAGGGUUUCUGGGUACGACGCCAACUCUUACGUGCUCACAAUUGGGCGACGAUGCCCUAGUGCAGGUUUACCCAGAUGGCAUUCGGCACAUCCGGGCAGAUAAACGCAUAAACGUGUGGCGUACUCCCGGCAAGAAGACAAUCCAACGGUGCGCUGUGAACCGAAGGCAGGUAGUCAUCGCUCUAACUGGUGGUGAGUUGGUGUAUUUUGAAAUGGAUGCCACCGGUCAGCUGAAUGAAUACACGGAACGAAAGGAAAUGCCUGCAGAUGUCAUCUGCAUGGCACUUGGACGUAUUCCGCCCAACGAGCAGCGUUCUCGCUUCCUGGCCGUUGGUCUGGCUGAUAACACUGUUCGAAUCCUCUCACUGGACCCUUCCGAUUGUCUAUCGCCCCUCACAAUGCAAGGCCUGCCGACAGCAGCUGAAUCUCUGUGUAUUGUUGAAAUGGGUGCCACGGAAACAGAAAACACGGCUGGUGGUGGUAUUCUCUACCUUAACAUCGGCCUCAACAACGGCGUCCUCUUCCGUGUGGUGUUAGAUCCAGUGACGGGCGAGCUCUCAGAUACUCGAACUCGUUACCUCGGUACAAGCCCUGUUAAACUAUUUCGCGUCGCCAUGCAGGGUGGUGAUGCGGUUUUGGCGGUGUCUAGUCGGUCAUGGCUUUCCUAUAUGUACCAGAGUCGAUUUCAUAUAAUCCCACUCUCCUAUGAGGCUCUUGAAUUUGCCUCGGGUUUCUCCUCGGAACAGUGCCCUGAGGGAAUAGUGGCUAUUUGCGAGAACUCUCUCAGAAUUCUAGCCUUGGAGAAGUUGGGCGCGGUUUUUAAUCAGACCAGCACUCUCCUCCAGUAUACACCACGAAGGUUCGUCUUCCAUCCUGAAUCAAAUAACAUGUUCAUAAUCGAAACUGAUCACAGCGCCUUUACGGACGAAGUGAAGGAGGAGAGGCGGAAAGAGAUGAACGAGCGAAUUCUCGCAUCAUUUGGUGAUGUGCGUGAGAGGGAGAAGGCGGCAGGCUUCCUUUCUCGGACAUUGCCGGAGGAUGUGUUUGGGUCUCCAAAGGCUGGUCCGGGCAUGUGGGCUAGCCUCCUACGUUUGAUGAACCCGCUCAGCGGAGAAACUCUUCAAAUCUGCAGAUUCGCUCAAAAUGAGGCUGCACAUGCUAUCACGUUGGCAACGUUCACUAAUCGGUGCGAGUUCUAUAUUCAGGCUUUUUUGAGUUAA